GGAGUUGUACAUAAUGCUAAGCUAUUUGUACAGUCUCGUGUAGCAGUAAUAACCACUGUCGCUGUAUGAACGUUAUGAAGUGGCGGCAAAGGAUGUCACUUUAAUGACAACCAACGUUGUAACUGUCUGACCCCUUCCGACCCGGAAGAACAGGCUGCUGGGAAGGAAGUUAUAAACGUGCUUAUUUGAGCUAUGUUUUGAGCUAGCAAGUUAGCGUCUUGAUUGCGCUCGGUGUUUUUUACUAACUGGAACUAUUUCUCAGACAAUAUCCACGGCUUUGUUUUGUACCCCAGUUGUUUACAAGAGCAUAAUUAAAACAACCAAGUUGUUUUCUUCCUUCGAUUGUAACGUUAGCUAAUUUAAAUGUCACGAAAGAGCGUCUAUGAACACCAUCAGCACAUUAUUACAUACUGUUAACACCAUUAGUAAUGAGUCAAAUCAACCAUAAUGUUGACCAAGGCUACUACUGAACAGGCUAUUUGAUAUCGCACCGGAUAACCAGACCACAACCGCAUUGAUCGGUGGCCAGAGACGUGUGCUAAAGCAGAACACACCAGGUGAACUCACAUCUUUGACAGCCAUGGAGUUUCUACCGGUACUUGACCCUCUAAAUAAACCCAAAGAAGGAAUAUGGUAUUCCUUGAUACCCGGGGGGGCUGCUCCAGGUGUUAGUGUGGGUCACACCUGCACCUUCAUCCCAUCGGAAGAUGAAGGAAAAGGACGAAUCUUUAUUGUUGGGGGAGCCAACCCCAGCGGCAGUUUCUCACAUUCACACAUAAUAAAUCUAGAUAAUCAUGAAUGGGACGUCCCGGAGUGGGAGGAUUUGGAGUCCCGGUAUGAACACUGCAGCUUUGUGCCAGAGAGCUGCCCUCGGAGCCUGUGGGUGUUCGGAGGGGCACAACAGAGUGGCAAUCGCAAUUGUAUCCAGAAUAUACAGCUAGCAGAGAGUGGGUCUCGCUGGAAGAAUUUACCAGUCAAUGGCCAACCACCCAGUCCUAGGACAUACCACACCAACUCAGCGGGCCAAGGGGACAAGCUGUAUGUCUGGUGUGGAGGGGAAGCAGGCGCUUCACCAGUCUCAGACCCCAAACUCCAUGUCUUUGAUACAGUGUCUUCCACCUGGUCUCAGCCAGGAACACAAGGCAGAAACCCGCCAGCCAGACAUGGCCACAUUGUCGCUGCGGUUGGUUCAAAGAUCUACGUUCAUGGAGGCAUGGCUGGAGACAAAUUCCACAACGAUAUGUACUCUCUCGAUAUAAAGAGCAUGAAGUGGGAGAAGGUGCAGGCCAAAGGAGACAUCCCACAGGGAGUAGCAGCUCACUCGGCUGUGGUGCUGGGCAAGCACAUCUACAUAUUUGGAGGGAUGACUGCUGAUGGAGCCAGCAACUUAAUGUACAGAUUUGACACAGACAAACGUAGAUGGGUCCUUAUGAAGUUUGAAGGAGAUAUGCCACCCAACCGCCUCGACCACUCCAUGUGUUUAUUGCCCUGGACGGUUUGUGAAGAGGAAGCCGACAGCCAAGAAGCCACAAAGACAAUUAAUUUGGCAUUUGUGUUUGGAGGAAUGGACACCCAGGGGGUCAUUCAUAAUGACUGCAUUGUGACUGUAAUCUGAUGUUCUUUACAAUGAAUACUAAUUACACUAUGUUGUAUUAAAACAUCUAUUUGAGCCUCUAAUGCUGCAAUGAACAUGGUAUUAAUCUUUCAAAAAUGCUAAAACCAUAGCACAGACAUAUUUAAGCGUUUGUCAGUGUUGUAAAUAAGAAACAAAUCAAGUAACAGUUUGUAUCAAACAUUUAUUUCAAUGUCUUUCCAGAAGUACAAUGACCAGAUUCAAUAAAUAACUUUUAGCAUU